UUGUGUUGUUUUUCUGCUUGGGUCGUGGUAGACAGCGGUUUGAGUUCAGCGUCGCUCCUCUGGUGGAUAUGCCGAUUGCCGUUCGAAUCAGACGUGCUGCGUGAAGAGACUCAUGAUACACCGUCAGUCAUGUCCUAUUUGCAUUUCCUGGCAUUUCCUCUCCCGGGAAAUGAAGAUCAACUGAACGAAAGGUUGAGGGAAGUUGGUGAAAAGCUACGCACUGGAUAUUCACCUCCGGCUGUUGUUAACAACUUCAGAAAUUCUAAUGUUAUACAAUGUGUUGUUGGGCCGUCGCACAUAGCAUUCCUAUUUGAGGAUGGCAAAAUAUGCAGAGUUGCAUUUUCCGUUUUGACAGACCGGCUGGAUUUGAGUAAGCAUGAAAUAUCAAAAGUACUACUCUCCAGCGCGGCUUCUCACCACCAUUCCCGUCUCAACCUCAAGGGAAGUGGCGGAGCCGGUGGAGCUUCCGGCGGAGGCUCCGGGACAGCAGCACCCUCCGGCUCUGCUUCCUCGGGAGCCUCUGGCUCGAGGUCGGCCACCAGGUCACGGGGUCGCAUUCUGCGUUCCACGGCGGCACGCGGCCGGGGCUCGGGGGUCAUCAUGGGUUCGCGCCCCGUAGUUCCUGCCCCUUACGUUCCAGAGGAGCUCGUCUCCCAGGCACAAGUGGUGCUUCAAGGAAAGUCUCGAAACCUCAUUAUUAGGGAGCUUCAACGUACGAACCUUGAUGUGAACCUGGCCGUGAACAACUUGCUGAGCCGUGAUGACGAGGACGGAGAAGACGUGGAUGAUGGUCAGGAGUCAUACAUGCCUGGAGAUGACCUCAUAUCCCUGCUGGACGCUGGUAUCCAUGGAGACCACCCCAGUGUGAUCAUAGAUGCCGAUGCCAUGUUCUCUGAGGACAUGUUUGGCUAUGCUAAUCUCCGAAAUCGCACUGGCAGCCGAGGGCGUUCCGCUGUGAGACCUUUCGUAAGUGCGCCACGACCUGUUGGAGACCAGGACCGGGACAGAGACAGGGACCGUGAUCGUGACAGCAUGUUUAGGGUCCGGGAACGCCACUACUCUGGUUCUCGACGGUGGCUGGAAUCGGCACUGCGCGACAGCAGCUCGGACCUUGCCGACGCCAAGAAGAUGAGCCCGCUUUGGCUUUCGGAGGAGCCAGAGUACUGGCCUGACAAGGGCACCAAAUUUGUGCACAUUGUGGCCCUCUACUCGGAGCUUGUGGCCCUCAGUUCUACAGGACAGCUGCACCAGUGGAAGUGGAGUGAACCUGAACCUUACAAGAAUAGUGAGCAGCCAGGUGUCCACCACCCCAAGACUCUGUCGUUGGGUUUGGUCGGGGACCGGUGCGUUCUGGUGGAAGCACGCUGCGUGCGUGCCACAGUGGUGACAGAGUCUGGCCGCGUGGCCACAUGGCUGGACGACUCGCUGGCUGCAGUGGCUCCCAAGCUGGAGCAGCCCGCACAGAGCUUUCCAGAGUUCCAGCAGGAUCCAGUGGUGGCCCUCUACGUCUGUUCCCUCUACUCGUGUGUGAGGUUGCAGUCGGGCGCCCUCUACUGGUGGGGUGUGUUGCCCUUCAGCCAACGAAAGAAGCUGUGGGAGAAGGCGACCUCGCGUGCAAAGAAGCAUAAGAUGUCCAGCCACGCAUCCGAGAUUGUGGCUGGGUCGCAAGUGUGUAUGCGCAACAGCCCCAUGUACCACCCGGGUGCCCUGGCCUUCACCACUGCAGGUGGCCUGCCUAGGGUUGGCCAGCUCCUUUCUGCUGCGUGGAAUCUGCCCGACACCUGUCAGUUCAAGAUCCUCAGUGAGAAAAAGGCUGAGGCGUCUGACAGCUCCGGGGCGGGCAGCAGUGGUAGUGGUGGCAGCAGCAAGGUGGCUCCCUCCAGCUCCGAGAGCAAGUCGUCGGACCGUACCGAGAUGCCGCCACCACCGUCACCGGCCUCGUCGACGUGCAGUGAGCCAGCACACAGCCCUCUGCCACACAAGCGCAAGCACAAGGCCAGCACGUCGUCGUUGGACGCGGCUUCUGAGCGCCGGGAUGAAGAGGAGUGGCAUUUACGUGACGUUGUCUUCGUGGAGGAUGUGAAGAACAUUCCCAUAGGGCGAGUCAUCAAGGUGGACGGUGCCUAUGUGGCAGUGCGCUUUGGUCGUGAGAGCGGGCCUGGAGAAGAUCCUCUGGCCGAAUGUCGACUGCUGCGUCGAGAUGAAUUGCAGCCCGUGAGAGGAUCGGCUACGCCGCGCCUUCCCGACUGCUUGCAGCGCACACCUCGACGCGUCUGCUUACCCGACGGGGUGCAGCUGCUAGCCAUGGCCAUUGACUCCCAAGGCAUCCACGCUGUGGUGAAGAAUGGCGGCCAGCUAAGUUACAUGGUGUACAACAUAGUCACUGGACGGGCUGAACAGGACAGUCCUUUCCCCACCUACCUGCAGUCAUUCCUUGGCUUGGACCAACGUCAGAUCUCCUUGUCCAUCAGUGGAGAGAAUGAAGCGUUGACACUGCUGCGCGACGGCAAUAGCACCAUUUACCCUCUGGCUAAGGAUUGCGUUGAGAGCAUUCGUGACCCCCAGUGGCUCGACUUGCCUCCCGUGCGAGCCCUGGGCCUGGGCGUGCACCCGCUCAAGGAUGCCGCGGCCAACCAGAAGAACCAGAUCGGCAUUGUUGUUCUUGCGCUCGAGGCGCAAACGCUGAUGUCAUCGGUCCUCAGAGGGGACGUUGAAACUGUACGUCAAACAUUAUACAGCCUGGAGAACACAUGUGACACAGAAGCAGGCCGUGCAACGCUUCACAAUAUCCUGAACGAAAGAUGGGAUGGCAACCGCAACAUACUUCACGCUGCUGUCUCCACCUGUUUUCCAACAUCUAAUAAGGAGAAUGAAUCUGGAGAAAACUCAUCUGGUAACAUGGAUUCAUUGGAUCUUCUCUCAUCGUCCUCUUCAAGCAUAGCUGUUUUAUCGGGCCGCAACAUGUCGCUGUGCGAGAUGAUGCGGAGGGCAACGUCGGCCGCACUGAGCCUGUCGGGGCUGGAGUCUCAGGAGACCGAGCGGGACUCGGACUUCCCCAUCCCGACGCUGACCUGGCCACCCGAGCCAUCAGACUCCUCAGCUUCCUCUUCCGCUCCGGGCAACGGUCGCAACAGCAAGGGCAUCGGUCUACUACCGCAGGCGAGCAAAGGGGAGCAUGGUGACCGCAAUGCCGCCCUCACAAUUCUCUUCUUUCUUUGUGAUGCUGUUGCACUGAGGCCACAUCUGAAGGAGCUGCUGAUGGCCAGGGAUGCCCAGGGCUGCACACCCUUCAUGACAGCCGUGUGCGGGAGGGCGUACCAUGCGGCACUGCUGCUGCUGGAUGCAGCACAGCGAGUGCUGCAGGAGUCUGGAGGAUCCAGCGGGGGCGAGGGUUCGCGCAGGGCCCUCCAGAACAUGCUCUACCCUCCCGGCUCAGCACCCGACGACUCACCCUUGCACGUGCUCUGUUGCAACGACACCUGUAGCUUCACCUGGACUGGUGCCGAGCACAUCAACCAGGACAUCUUUGAGUGCCGCACCUGUGGCCUGGUCGGAUCGCUGUGCUGCUGCACGGAGUGUGCCCGUGUCUGCCACAAGGGCCACGACUGCAAGCUCAAGCGCACCUCGCCGACGGCCUACUGUGACUGCUGGGAGAAGUGCAAGUGCCGUGCCUUGCUAGCAGGGCACCAGGGGAUGCGUGCUACGCUGCUCAACCGCCUCGUCACCGACACCGACCUGGUCACCUUGCCCAACAGCAGGGGCGAAAACAUCCUGCUGUUCCUCGUACAGACAGUUGGCAGGCAACUGGUGGAGCAGCGCCAGUAUCGUCCGUCCAGAUCUCGCUCCAGUGCCCCUCGAAAGAUCUCAAACUCUGAAAUGGCAGAGCCAGACAUGCCGGACCAUGACUUGGAGCCUCCGCGGUUCUCCAGACGUGCCCUGGAGAGGCUCCUCAAUGACUGGAAUGCCAUCAAGACCACCAUCAUGGCUGGUUACAAGGAAGACGAAUCUGUUGCCUCCCGCUUGGCUUCCGGUGGCUCUGUGCCCGAAGACCAGCAGCCUCACCUGGUGGCGCAAAAUGGCACUGCCCUGCUCGACAAGUUCGUGCACUGCCUGCUCGUCAAGUGUAGCAUUGAGAUGCUGGACACUCUGCUUACCACUCUCGUGCGAGAGAUCCAAAACGAAAACAUUCCUGGCAGGGCAGCUGAAGCCCGGAAAGUCGCCCAUCGCUUUGUGCGCAGUGUUACGCGCAUUUUUGUGAUCCUGUCCGCGGAAAUGGCCCCCAAUACAAGCCGCAAAAAGAGCAUGUCUGGCACAACGCAGCCACUGAUGAAGUGCCGACGAGUGUUCCAGUCUCUAGUGACGUUGUCAGUAGAAGAAUUGUGUGAGGCAGCCGAUGCCCUGAUAGCUCCAGUGCGGCUCGGUGUGGCUCGCCCCACAGCGUCCUUCAAUCUGGUUUCUUCAUGUAUAGAUGCCAUUCAGGGAAGCGAGGAGCUAUUUGUUGUUGAACCCAUUGUGCCCCGUGCCAGUCAACCAGAGAUGGUGGCAUCACCAGCUGAGCCACCCUUGGGCCAAAAUCCUCUGUCUGCCAGGCAGCCACUGGGGCUCAGGGAUGCGUUGGAUGACGACGAGGCAAGCGUUGAUGUCGUGGAUGGAGCUGUUGGCGAAGAUCCAGAUCACGAGGAAAGUGAGCGGGACGAACGGAUGGAAGCCUCGGAGCAUGAUGGCACGCCAGCCCAUGAGCACAAUGACGAAGAGAGUGACAGCGACAGUGACCCUGACAGUGCAUCGUACCAGAGCAACCAAGACAAUGCCAGCGCCCAGCGGAGCGCCACAACUGGUGCCACGGCAGGGUCCGAUGCCGAGGACGAGUCUGCUGAAUCAUCCAACAUGGAAGAAGAGGAGGAGAGUGAGGCGGGCGACACCGAGCCUGACACGGAGGAGCUGGCACUGCUUGAUGAACAGCUGGAGCGGCGAGGGGGACCGUCCAGCAGUGGUGGCGGACCGGGGGGCCUCGGAGGCUCGCGUCCAGGCAGCCUGGCCCCCCAGCAUCUACAGUGGGCCCUGCGCCAGAGAGACCCCGCUGGCCGCUCGCAUGUCACCUCUUCCGGGUCGGUUUCCUUGGCAGGGACGGGCGGCCUGGUGUACAUCGACCCGGGCUCGCUUCGCCGAUCGGCUGCCGUGGCUGCGGCGGCAGCCAGCGGUGCCAGCUCGGGCUCGUCCGUGGCUGCCGCUGCUGCUCUUGCGCCCGAGCUGAGUCCCGGCACGACGGCCGUGGGGCUGGCGCGAGCUUUCGGGGCAGUUCUGCGUCAGGUUGCCGACCUUCUUGGCUCUCUGCAAGAUAACCAGGCUGGCCUCGGACUUCCCAAGAUGCUGGAGGUCUCCUACCAGGACACACUCAACAUGCAAGCCUACUUGGAUUUCCACCUAAAGCCCACUUGGGACUGGCUUGUGGCUGUCAUGGACUCCACAGAAGCCCAGCUUCGCUUUGGCUGUGCCCUGAGCAACCACUCAGACCCAAGCAGCACUCUGGCAGCUCCACGUGCGAGGAGGGGACUCUUUGAGGACCGACUGGUCGCUGCUGGAAGCCUGGACGGCCGCCGGAGGAACCGCCUUACAACCUAUGGUUCGGAAGGAGUCUCUGCCAGGAGGGAUUUCCUCUCUUACGCACUGUCGCUGAUGCGUGCUCACAACAACGAGCACUUCGACUCCUUGCCAGUGAUGGAUGUUGCUUCGUUGAAACAUGUUGCAUAUGUCUUUGACGCGCUCAUAUACUUUAUGCGUGCGGGAGCGGAUGACUCGGACACACCGCGUGAUGGAUUUCUCCUGCUGGAUCCAUGGUAUGCGGAGGACUACAAUGAAAAUGAAGACCCUGAGGAAGAGGCUGGUGGAGGUGGCUCGGCCAUGCAGGUAGACAUGGACAGCUGCUGCGAAGAGGACACUGCGGCGGGUGCCUCGGGUGCAGCGGAGGGUGCCUCGGUGAACACGGCAGCUGCUGGCAGCAACCGUGGACGUCGACACCCCUUCUUCCAGCGUUCGGACUCUACCCUCUGCCUGGGCUGCCAGGCUCCGGACCCCUUCAGCACGCCACUGGCACAGGCCUUGCCACUAGCUGACCGACCUCAGCUUCUGACACCGACGGCAACACGCCAGGAGCUCUUUGGGGCACCUCGCAUACCACAGGCCUCUAGCGGAGGCGAAGGGGGACCCUCGCCUCUCCUGCCCCCUCGGCUGGGCCUCUCGAGGGCCUCCGGGAGCAGCCUGCUCACAAGCACGGGACGUGUAGCCGAGGUCACCCGAGCUCCCAUCAUUGUAGCCGCGCCGUCGUCGACGCGCAAGGGCGUGCUUCCCACUGCCGCUGCAUCAACGAGCACUGCGCCAACCCAGGAGGGUCCUGCUAUCAUUCCAACAUCAUCGGGGCUCGGUGGACCCUCAGCACUGCCCUCCACUCAAGGAAAAUCCAGCGUCAUCGUCCUUGCUGGCUCGCACCGGAGCCAGGGGCAGUCGUCUUCAGACGGCCAUGUUCCCACAUCCUAUUCUGGUGCACCUAGUCCUGCUGCUGAAGUGACAGUUACCUCAAGCAACACGUUGCCCUCACUAGCGAGAGCAGAAGGAACAUCAUCAGCAGCAGCCCCAUCUGCCAACCUGGCAACUGCACAGUCAAACUCAAGCAGUGGGAUUGGCAGCAUGUCAUCUUCAAGCCGUGGAGGCACAUCAUCUGUGAGUGGCGGCAGUGGUAGUGGCACCAGUGCCUUAGGCCAGCUGGUGUCUCACGAGGUGUUGCUAAGCCGGUGGCAGCUGACGCUGGAGCUGUUUGGGCGGGUCUUUGUGGACGACGUGGGUGCCGAGCCAGGCUCCGUCAUCAGCGAGCUGGGUGGCUUCCCGGUCAAGGAGGUGCGAUUUCGCCGAGACAUGGAGAAGCUGCGCAACUCCCAGCAGAGGGACCUCACGCUGUCCAAGAUAGAGCGUGAGCGUAACAGCCUGCUGCAACAGACGUUCAAGGAGCUGAACAACCAGUACAGUGCCUACAGCCGCCGCAGCAUGGGGGGCACCCCUCCGCUGGCCAUGAACAGGGUCAAGGUCACCUUCAAGGAUGAGCCCGGGGAAGGUUCCGGGGUGGCGCGCUCCUUCUACGCGGCCAUCGCCGAGGCCAUCCUUUCGCCCGAGAAGCUUCCCAACCUGGAGGGCUGCCAGGCGGGCAAUCGGUCACUGCAGUACAGUGAGCGUCACCUCCCUUACAUAAUUCAGCGACUUCGGUCGCGUGAGAGGGACAAGGAACGGCGCAGUGGAAGCGCGGGCGGCCAAGCAACCAAGUCGGGAGGAGGCCUGCGCUAUGAUGCGCCACCGUUUGUGAUGCCCGGCGAGGCAGGUGGCAGUGGGCAGGCGUCAAACGACCACCUCAGCCCUCAUCGGCAGCAGCUAGGCCAGAGACUAUAUCCCCGCGUCCAUGCCUUGCGUCCCUCCUUAGCCAGCAAGAUCACAGGCAUGCUGCUUGAACAGUCCGCUGCCCAACUGCUCCUCCUUUUGGCUUCGGAGGAUGCCCUUCGCGAAAAAGUUGAUGAGGCUCUGGAGAUCAUUGUGUCACACGGACGGGAGGCGGAAACACUCCUCGACCUGGACGUGUUCAGCCUUGGGGAGCGAGGCCGACGGAGCACGGCAGCACGGCGGAGUGACGCGGAGGAGGAAGAGGACGAUGGAGAGGACUGCAGCCCCCUUGUGUAUCAGCCUGGCAAAAGGGGCUUCUACGCCCCACGCCAGGGAAAGUGCACACCAGACAGACUUAAUGCAUUCCGAAACGUUGGCAGGAUUGUUGGGCUAUGCCUGCUACAAAAUGAACUGUGCCCCAUCUCGUUCAACCGGCACGUUAUCAAGUACAUUUUGAACAAGCGCAUCGGCUGGCACGACCUGGCAUUUUUCGAUCCUCUGCUUUACGAGUCCCUACGGCAGCUGGUGUUGGAGGCAGAAUCACGAGACUCUAGCACCGUGUUCUCUGCCCUCGACUUGACCUUCUGCAUCGAUCUGUGUUCUGAAGAGGGUGGAGGCACUGUGGAGUUGAUCCCAGGAGGCAGGGAGCAGGAAGUGACCGCGAACAACGUCUACCUCUACGUUCGACGCUACGCCGAGUACAGAAUGAUAAAGUCACAGGAAAGGGCCCUUGGGGCCAUUCGCAUGGGAGUGUAUGAUGUGCUUCCUAACAACACUUUGGAAGGUCUCACGGCAGAGGAUUUCAGACUGCUACUCAACGGUGUCGGUGAAGUCAAUGUACAGGCACUCAUCAGUUACACAUCAUUCAACGAUGAGAGCAAGGAGAGCAGCGACAAAAUAUUUAGGUUUAAGCGCUGGUUCUGGUCUAUGAUGGAGAAAAUGCCAAACCAGGAGAAGCAGGACCUGGUGUACUUCUGGACAGGCAGCCCAGCCCUGCCCGCCAGCGAAGAAGGCUUUCAGCCCAUGCCAAGCAUCACCAUCCGACCUCCCGACGACCACCACUUGCCGACGGCAAACACUUGCAUUUCCAGACUAUACCUACCGCUCUACUCAUCCAAGGCUGUGCUACGGGCUAAGAUCCAGAUGGCCAUUCGCACCAAAAACUUCGGAUUUGUCUGAAUGACCUCCAUCAUUGCCACUCAGUGUAUUCUUGUUUAUAGCGCCACCACACCACAAGUGAAUAAAACACACCAGGGAGCGGCUGCUCUUCUGACCAAACACGA